CGCGGCCUCGUAACGCUGGACGUGCUGUGCAGGGAGUGGAUCCUCCAGGCCGUCAAACUGCCCCUGUCAGAGGAAAGGAGUUGCUUCCUGUUAUUUCCAUUGAAAUCCUUGUCCCGGUCGUUAGCCGGCAGGCUUUGGCAGGAUGGCACUGCGUGCGCACAUGAGCUCCGGCCGUCUCUCCCAAGGGCUCCUGCUGCUCUGGGUGCUGCUGGGGACUGGCCUUUGUCACACGGACGCCAUGACAGCGAGCUUCGGCCAGGAUGCUGGGACAAGCCCACCCGUAGCCAUGUCCAACGAGACAGCCCAGCCCAUGGAGGGGAACUACACCGACAUCACACAGCAGUGCUGGGAUUACUUCGUCGAUCUGAUGAGGAAUGUGACGACAUCGGAGUUGUGCGAGUGGAAAGUCAUCAGCAGGCCCUACAGCGAGCUGCAGGGCUGCCUGGAGUACUGGGCCGAGCACCUGAACUACAGCUACCCCAACGCACUGGCAGAGCAGUACAUCUUCCAGAGCCACCACCGCUACUUCCAGAACUGCACCCUGGAGCACCCAGUGUACUUCGACCCGCCCGAAGAUGUGCUCCUGGCCAUGAUCAUCGCACCCAUCUGCCUCAUCCCCUUCCUCGUCACCUUGGUCAUCUGGCGCAGCAAGGACGGCAAGGCGCAGGCCUAGAGCUGCCCUCCCGUCCCGUGUCGGGGCAUGGACCCCCAGCUGCGGGGCCGCUCGACCACCCGAACCGCCCGGGGAGCUCUCGGGGCCACCAACCCGCGCUGCUGAGGCGGGCGGUUCCUCCUGCGCCUCCCCCCAACCUGCGGCCCGGGAUUAAACGCUUCUCCCCCCA